UGUAACUGCUUGUAUUAAUUGCACAACACUAAUUUAGUGUAUGACUAGAAAUACAAUACACCAUUUAAAGUGUUAGUAAUAAUUUAACUGUAUUCUCAUUAACUUUCAUUUACUUUGUUUCACCGUGAUAAGUUUCCCCCGCAAUAAAACGUGGUUUGUUCCAGAGAGGCGGCAUGAAAAAUCCGAGUUGAUGAUCAUCUACCUAGUUAUCCGUAGAUUGGGUGGAUGAUACCGAUAGCAGGUUGUAAAUUAUUUUAAUAAAAUCGAACAAAUGACCAAGUCAAAUUGCCAUUUCCAUUCGAUAUGUAUAUCUCCUCUCUCUAGUUCCUUCUCCGGAUCACCUUGGGGUUUGUUGGCAACACCUUUCUUGGAGAUACAGUUACUCCUCAAAAUAAUAUCACAACCAACGAGCAAUCAAAUCACGACUAAAGGUAAUAUUUGCAUAGCCUAAAUUAUCUAACAAGAUGUUGGACUCUGAAGACUGUACUUUGUCCCUGGAUAACCUGUUCUUUGAGAGGCCAGUCGUCCAUAAAGUAAAGCCACUUUGCCACGAUCAGAGUUCUUGGCAGUUGGAAGCCGCUCCGUCCCUCUCCCAGAUCCCAACCACCCAGGACAUCCAGAAAGAGGCAGAGGGUCUUUCAUCAUUUAGUUUCUGUCAGAAGUCCAAGAAAUUCUUGCCACCUUUGAAAAGAGUAGUGAGCAGUGAUAGUUUCACAGCCAAGAAUACUAAUUUACAUCAGAAUAUCAUUGAUGGAGGAAAGGGACCUGAUGACCUGAGCAGGUGUGCCAUCUGGGCUCAGGAAGACAUCACAAAUAAUUUGUUGGAUUCCACUAAAGUCAGCAGAGGUCAAACUGAAACUCCACCAGAGAAAGUCCCUCUGGACUUUAGCCAAAGACCAAAUCUGCGUAGAAGUUUAUUCAAACCCCCCAGCGGACUGGUGCCGAACAGCGAUGCCAACGUGUACAGCGGCCACGGUCAGCCAAGACCCGGACCACAGCAAACCCCCAAUCAGGUUACCAUGGCGACGGAGCCUUGGACAGUGGGCCAGUCGGCAGCGGUACUGAGACCCAUCACUGGCCUGGGCCACCCUGCACCCCUGGGAUCCACACAGGAGCCACCGGACCUAGGGACAAAGGGGGCUCACGUCCUCCCCAUGACGCCGCGGCCCCUUCACAUACAAGGUACUUCUGGGUCCGGAAUUCUCAGACCAGUCUUGGAAAUCCCUGCAAAAUUCCGAUCCGUCUUCAAAGAGUUCCCUUACUUCAACUAUGUCCAGUCCAAAGCCUUGGACGAUGUUCUUUACACGAGUAAGAACUUUGUGGCAUGUGCUCCUACUGGCUCCGGUAAGACCGUGCUCUUUGAGUUGGCCAUCAUUCGCCUGCUGAUGGAGACCACAGAGCCCUGGAGAAAUGUCAAAGCUGUGUACAUGGCCCCCAUCAAAGCCCUAUGCAGCCAGCGCUUUGAGGACUGGAAGAAGAAAUUUGGGCCUCUGGGCCUGAUCUGCAUGGAGCUGACCGGCGACACAGAAAUUGAUGACUUCUUUGAGAUUCAGGAUGCCCAUAUCAUCAUGACCACACCGGAAAAAUGGGAUAGCAUGACCAGGAAGUGGAGGGAUAACUGCCUGCUGCAGUUAGUGCGUCUCCUUCUUAUUGACGAGGUCCAUGUGGUGAAGGACAAGAUGCGCGGAGCGACUCUAGAGGUGGUGGUGAGCAGAAUGAAGGCUGUCCGUGCCUGCCAUGCCUCAGAGCACCACGGGGAGGACCUCCCCAUGAGAUUUGUGGCCGUCUCUGCCACCAUACCCAAUAUCAAGGAUAUAGCGGACUGGCUGUGUGACGGCAAAGGUCCCGCUACCAGUCUUGAGAUGGAUGAGAGUCACAGACCAGUGAAGCUGAGGAAGGUUGUCCUGGGCUUCCCCUGCAGCAGCAACCAGACAGAGUUUAAGUUUGACCUGUCGCUCAACUACAAGAUGGCCAACAUCAUUCAGACCUACUCGGAGCAAAAACCAACACUUGUUUUUUGCUCAACGAGGAAAGGAGUCCAGCAGUCUGCUGCUGUUUUAGCCAAAGAUGCCAAGUUCAUAAUGAGCCUUGAGCACAAGCAAAGGUUGGUGAAGUAUGCAAAUUCUCUCCUGGACUUCAAACUCAGAGACCUGGUGACGUUUGGGGUUGGGUUCCACCACGCUGGGGUCGACGUGUCUGACAGGAAGGUGAUUGAGGAGGCCUUCAUCCUGGGAGACCUCCCUGUACUCUUUACGACCAGCACUCUGGCAAUGGGGGUGAACCUUCCGGCUCACCUGGUGGUGAUCAAGUCCACGGCGCACUACGCCGGGGGAGCUUGCCAGGAGUACAGCGAGGCCGACAUGCUGCAGAUGAUUGGCCGAGCGGGCCGGCCGCAGUUUGACACCUCAGCGACCGCAGUGAUCAUGACCAAGACUCAAACCAGGGACAAGUACAUGCAGUUCAUGAACGGCGCGGAGGUCAUUGAGAGCAGCCUGCACACCCAUCUCGUGGAGCACCUGAACGCUGAGAUUGUCCUCCACACCAUCUCGGAUGUCAACAUGGCCCUGGACUGGAUCCGGUCCACAUUCCUCUACAUCCGAGCUCUGAAGAACCCCAAACACUAUGGUUUUUCCACUGGCUUGGACCGAUGUGGAAUCGAAGCCAAGUUGCAAGAGCUUUGUCUAAAGAACCUGAACUCCCUGGCCUCCAUUGGUCUGAUCUCCAUGGACGAGGACAUCAACAUAAAAGCCACAGAGGCUGGCCGGCUAAUGGCAAGGUACUGUGUGGCGUUUGACACCAUGAAACAGUUCAACACGGUGUCUGGCACAGAGACCUUACCUGAACUGAUAGAGUUGAUGGCGAAGGGCAGGGAGUUUGCUGAUGUGCAACUGAGAGUUAACGAGAAGAGAACCCUGAACACGCUGAACAAGGACAAGAACCGGGUCACCAUCAGGUAUCCCAUGGAGGGGAAGGUUAAAAACAACGAGAUGAAGGUGAAUUGUUUGAUUCAGGCCCAGUUUGGCUCCAUUCCUAUCCAGGAGUUUGGACUCACACAGGACACAGGGAGAAUCUUCCGGAAUGGAGUCCGAAUCAGCAGAUGCUUGGCAGAAUUUCUAAACCAGCGGUCCAAGACAGGUUUCACUGCUCUGCUCAACUCUGUGAUACUGGCCAAGUGCUUCAGAGCCAAGCUGUGGGAGAACUCCCCAUAUGUCUCAAAACAACUGGAGAAAAUAGGGUUAACACUGUCCACAGCCAUGGUGAAUGCCGGACUCACAACAUUUAAUCGGAUAGAGCAGUCCAACGCCAGAGAACUGGAGCUGAUCAUCAACAGACACCCUCCAUUUGGAAACCAAAUCAGAGAGGCUGUCAUGAAUCUACCCAAAUAUGAAGUUAGUUUGGAACAGCUUCCGAGAUACAACACAGACACCGCAGAGGUUGUUGUGACCGUGAAUAUGAAGAACCAUGAACAGCUGCUGUCAAAGAGAACCACUCCUGAUCACCACUAUGUCACCAUGAUCAUCGGGGACUGUGACAACAACGUGGUGUUCCUGCAAAAACUCACAGACUUGAUGCUGUUGAAGACCGGAAGCUGGUCAAAGAAGAUCGACGUGGCGAAAGCUUCAAACGGAGAAGAGAUCAGCGUAAAUCUCAUCAGCUCAGAAUAUGUGGGAUUGGACAUUCAGCAGAGGUUUAGCGCCUUCUAUUCUGGACCAAAGAGGUACGGAGCUGAAUCCCUCACCACAGAGCAACACAGCAUCAUGCAGCGAGAACAGGGCGGAACACAGAGAGCACAGCUCACAUCUCGGGAAAAACAGGCUGCGCCACAUAAGAGAAAGCUCAUAUUCACCUGCGCCACAGAAACCGAUUCAGGCAAAAGACAAUGUAACCACUUCUGCAAAAACAAGGACCAGUGUGGCCAUGAAUGCUGUAAAAGUGGCGUGCCGGUGCUUCUGAAAAGGCCUGGGAAUCAGCACUCUAGUUUCUCCUCCCAUCUCCAUGACUUGAAAAUCAGGAGUGACUCCCUGAAAGAGACACCAGUCAAACGCCUCAAGAUUAAAAUAGGUGGUGGCAGUGAGGCUGGGAAAAUGCAGCAAUUCUCUUACACAGCAAAGCCAAAAUUACCUGCUGCUCCCAGGUAUGAAGGGAAUCAGUUUGUUGUUUCCACAAGACCACGGAGUGUGGAAUCAGCUGAGGACUUAGCAAGCCCCCAUGAGAUGGCAUGUCUGGAGACCAGUGGCGGUGAACAUAAUGACUCACUGGAAAACAUGUAUCAGAAAAUGGGAGAACAACCUCCACCAGUUCAAAGCCCUACAGAGUCACCAAACACUACCUUCUCAGCAAAACCCUGUGGUUAUAAUGGAGGACCUCUUAGCCACAACAUUCCUCAAAGAGUUCAGCAAACCCAGAACACAGGUUACCAUCAGAGCCCCCACCAGAGCCGAGGUUACCAUCAGAGCCCCCGCCAGAGCCGAGGUUACCAUCAGAGCCCCCACCAGAGCCGAGGUUACCAUCAGAGCCCCCACCAGAGCCGAGGUUACCAUCAGAGCCCCCACCAGAGCCGAGGUUACCAUCAGAGCCCCCACCAGAGCCAAGGUUACCAUCAGAGCCCUCUCCAGAGCCGAGGUUACCCUCAGAGCACCCCCCAGAGCCGAGGUUACCAUCAGAGCCCCCACCAGAACAGAGGUUACCAUCAGAGCACACCCCAGAACAGAGGUUACCAUCAGAGCACCCCCCAGAACAGAGGUUACCAUCAGAGCCCCCCCCAGAACAUGCCCUACUCUCUGAGUGCCGUCAUAGACUUAACUGAUGACAGUGGCUUUGUCUCAUCGACCUUUGACCUGGGAGACGAAUGGGACAACUGGGAUGAUUUUGACGACGACAACUUGGUGCGCGCCAGUGAGAUGUCUUGCACGACUGUAGCGAACUCUGAGGGGGUGGACCUGGACCAAGACAGGCCAAAAGGUCACUCAGCACUACUUCUGUCAACUGGUGUACAACCCAAACCCCAUUUAUCGUUGUCCUCUACCCCACUCCGGUCAACAUCACCAGUUGUCCCUCUGAUAGCAAAAGACAAACACUCCAAUAUCCAACAUCCCAACCUCUGGCCUUCUGCACCCUGGAAUCCCUUUGGCAACAAGGCACCAAGGUCCUUCAUCGAACCCCCGGUGAAAGCACCACCACCAUCGUUCCAAAAACGGACUGACACAAGCUUGGCUCCACUGGUCAGGCAAUUUGAUUUCUUUACAAAGCCAACCACCCUGAACAAUGACAAUGGAAGAAGGUUUGGAGAAGAGGACAACUGCAAAGAAGUGGAGACAUUCCUUGGGAUAUUUGAUGGAAUAUUCUAAUGUUUUUUUUUUAAGGAGUGGGGCAGAUACAGGGUUGGAAAGACAGGCGAGGAGGGGUUUUGAACCCAUGCUGAGGCAACUUAUGCUCUUCAUGGGUUGUAAACACUAGAUCACACAGACCACUGAUAGGAUGUUUUAACUGUGUUUACAGAUGUUGUAUAAAUUGGUUCCAUGGUCAUAUUUAAUGUUUUGAUGUGAUUUGUGUUGUUAUGUGUCAUGUUUAUAUUCAGUUACGUUUAAUCUUUAUUACUUGAAAUGUGCUGUUUGCCCAUUGCCAUUAUCAGUACAGGUGCAUUCCCGCUAAGUGCUCAAACAAUGUAAUAUAUAGUAAUAUCCAAUUUAAUUGGAUACAUUUAAUAUACACUAUCUAUUGAAAUUAAGUAAUAUGAGUGUAUAACUCGGUGUAACGUGGUGUUAUA